AAUUACGCGAGUGAAAAAGUUAUUUGUGCCGUAAUUAUAGUGAAACUGGAUUGCUACGAUGCGCCUGGAUGAGCAUAAUGGAACUGUCGCGAUAAUCUGUGGAUGCUUUACCUGCAUGGGUGCAGAUGUCAGCGUGUACAACAACGUGGGUCAUGAUAGCAAGGUUCAAACGUUGCUGUACCUGUUUACCUGCGAUGAGGCUGUGGAAAGUACAAUGAAGUAUAAGAAUAAUGGAUUGAAUCAUAAGGGUGAGAAUAUGAGAAGGAGAAGGGAAAAGUGCAGAGGCUUCUAGUGACUUUUCACGGGAAACAAUUGUCUUGCCUGGGGGGAUUUGGCGGUUGCCCCAAGAUGGCGGACACGGUUGGCGUGCGACAAGCACGAGCUGAAAAGUGCCGAGAACGCGAGAAAUUGACGAUUCUGUGUUAAAUCGGUUACGUGAGUUUCAUUCGUGGACAGCUGAAGGAUCGUCGAGGAAAAAAAACAAGCUCGGAUAAUAUAGUCAAAGUAGAAGCUGUGGUCGCAGGAGGCACGAAAUGAGUCGAGCAGAAAUCAAGUCCAUUUGUAUCCCGUUUGGAAAACCGUGGAACGGCGUGAACGUUAACCAGUUUUCGUUACACUUUUCUCAAACUUUGUUCCCUCAUCUCUGAGGAACCGUGUCUCUUAUAAUAUUCCACACGAUUGUACAGUGCGAACCAGGUGUAAAUUAGAUAAAAUACAUAGCCUUGAGAUACACUGAAGGUGGUAACGAAGAAAUCGAAUCAAGACCAAAGAUCAAAACCGAAGAGAGAAACAAAAAAAGAAGUUGGAAGUGAUUUUCUAUCCGAUCCUCGAGAAGAUAAUUUCCAAGAAAUUGAUCGUUCCAAUCGAAGAAAAAAAGAAAGGAUUAUUUUGUUUGGAAUAAAAGGAAAAAAAAAUAAAACCAGGAAGAUAGAAGAUAAAAUGAGCACAAUGACCGGCACCCAGUGUACGUCUGUGAAGGAGUUCUACAGGGACAGGUCUAUCUUCAUCACCGGGGGUACUGGCUUCAUGGGCAAAGUACUCGUCGAGAAGUUACUCAGAUCUUGUCCAGGGAUAAAAAAUAUUUAUUUGUUAAUGAGACCCAAGAGGGGACAGGAUGUCCAACAGAGGUUGAAACAACUAUUGGAUGGACCGCUGUUCGAGAAGUUACGACGAGAUUACCCGCAAGAGCUAUCGAAAGUGAUUCCUGUGGCUGGAGACAUAACGGAACACGAAUUAGGCAUCUCGGAAGCUGAUCAGGCUGUAUUAAUAAAAAAUGUGUCGAUUGUUUUUCAUUCCGCUGCUACUGUAAAAUUCGACGAGGCGCUGAAGCUUUCUGUGACCAUCAACAUGGUCGGCACCAAACAGCUCUUGAAUUUGUGUCACCGCAUGUGUAAUUUGGAGGCUCUGAUCCAUGUAUCGACGGCGUAUUGUAAUUGCGACCGCAAGGACGUCGCCAAAGAGAUUUAUCCGCUUGAAGCUGAACCUGAACAUGUGAUCGCAUUGACGAAGAUCAUGGAUACAAAGAUGGUUGACGAUAUAACACCGGCUUUGAUCGGUAACCGACCGAACACCUAUACAUUCACCAAAGCCCUGACCGAAAGGAUAUUGCAAUUGGAGUCUGGUUAUUUACCAGUAGCGAUCGUUAGACCAUCUAUCGUUUUGUCGUCGCUUAGAGAACCGGUAGCUGGUUGGGUGGACAACUGUAACGGACCCACCGGGCUCAUUGCUGCUGUUGGCAAGGGUGUCUUCAGAACAAUGCUGUGUCACGAGAACAUGAUCGCAGAUUUGGUGCCAGUUGAUAUAGUGAUAAAUCUGAUGAUUUGCGCGGCAUGGAGGACCGCGACGAAUCGCACGAAAACGAUUCCCGUGUAUAAUUGUUGUACAGGUCAACAGAACCCGAUCACUUGGAAGCAGUUCGUUGAUCUGAUGUUCAAGUACACCCGAAUGCAUCCACCAAACGGUGCUAUUUGGUAUCCGGGUGGUCGAUGCCGUAAUUCCGUUGUAAUGAACAAAAUGUGCGCCCUCUUCCAACACGUGAUACCGGCGCAUAUUUUAGACUUCCUGUAUCGGCUAAAAGGGAAACCGACCAUCAUGGUCGGCAUACAGGUAAAACUCCGUAAAGCUGCGAAAUGCUUGGAGUAUUUCAGCACACAACAGUGGAACUUCAGGGAUGACAAUGUUCGAAACUUAGGAGAACAGCUCAGCCCAGAGGACCGGCAAACGUUUAUGUUCGAUGUCAGACAAAUUGAUUGGCCGUCGUAUUUAGAGCAUUAUAUAUUGGGAAUUCGGCACUUCAUUUUGAAAGAGAGUCCGGACACACUGCCAGCUGCUCGUUCACACAUCAAAAAAUUGUAUUGGUUUCACAAGGCUUUAGAAUUCGCGAUGCUGUUAGUGGUGCUGCGAUAUUUGUUGGUACGCAGCUCCGUUACCCGAACUGCUUGUUUCUCAUUGUUGUCAGUCGUGUUACGUAUGUGCCGUAUGAUUGUUUGACGGCUCAGAAGCUUGGCCGAGGAUCACGACAGGCGUAACAAGGAGCUAAAACUAAUCUCAAAGCAUAAUCUCAAGGUGCGGAUCGUUCUUCGACUUCACUGCUCGCCGUUCCCAACGAUAAAUUGCUACGACGUUCAAACAUCCCAUCGGUUGGCCUUUUUGAUGUUUCUAUUUGUUCAUAACUAUUAGCCUCCGCUAGAGAUAUAAUUCCGCAGGGAAGUGUAUCGUUUGUCGUUUAAACAUAUGCAAAUGCAAUUGAGACACAUACACGUACACACACCGUAUAUAUGCAUACACAGAACGUGUAUUAAAAGCUUCCAAGAAAAGAAAACAUGUACGUCGAGUCACUUUGUUAUAUUUACGAAAGUUAACCGAAAGAGGAUCCUUUCUUUGGGUAAUAUGCCGUCGUCUUCUUGUUCAACGUAACAGCAGUGAGAGGAAACGGAAGGAAAGUUCACGUUUAACAUCGCGUUUAUUAAUUAUGGGUAUAAUUUAAUUGUCAUUGUAAUUGACGAGUGUUUAAUCGAUGCCAAUCAAACGGCAUCAGUUUCGUUAUUGAACAUCGACAUUUCGCAUAUCGUCGAUUUGUAAUGACGUGACGCUAGUGAUACCUUUGAGGUAUAGAUUUCCCUGACGUUCACCUUGGUGUUAAUUCACUGUAUAUCAUGGUGAUAUAUGGCGUCUAUUGAAAAAGAUACGACGCGUUAAACUCUAUGAGCCGGCAACUCGAAUUUUUUCAAUCUCAGUUUUAUCUCAUUUUUAUCUCGAAGACCAAGGAAAAUAGAAUGAUAACGUUUUACAAAUUAUAUACAUAUAUAUGCAAAAUUAUUUGUGUUUUUAUAUAUUUGUAGCGAUUAAUCAACGGUGUCCCUACUUUGCGUUCUUCCUUCUUUAUUCAUUGAUCUGUUUAAGUAACGUUAAGGCUUCCAGUGAAUUUUCCCGGUGAAUUUGUAAUCGUCCAAGGUUCCAUCGUUGUCGAAUAACAAAAGCGAAGGCAGGUUUAAUAUUAAUUGUAGAAAUAAAUAUCGAAGCGAUAGAUUAUUUAUACGGAUGUACUUUGACAUUGCCAAAAUAUUUUCACGCCUCCACAAUCUUUUAAUUCCUUUCUUCAUGAUUUCGACGACGUUCAAAGAUGAUGAAAAUCUUUCGCAUACAACGUCGUUUAAUCCUUUUGGAAGUAGAAUUCAGAAUGUUGAAGCGUUUUCGCUCUUAGAAGGCGAGCUUUAUCACUGAAAUUAAUGUAAUUAAUCGUAACGUACAACUGUAAUACGACAAAGCAUAGGUGUAUACGUUAAAAGGAAUGAAAACCCAAAGGGUUGAACGUCGAUGUAACAUCGAAUCCUUUUGAGCCUUUUAAAAUAUUAACUUCCUUUUUCUCUUUUCCAAAGUUGUAACACAAUUUCCAUGUUGUACGCACAUAUACUUCUUUUUGACGUUCAAUGUAUCCUUUAUAUAGAGAAAAAGAUUAAAUUAACUGUGUUUAGAGGCUCGAAAGGUUCGAUUAGAAGAUUUAAAUGCCGGCUAGAGGAGUUAGAAAUUCGUCGUGCCUUUGUGUCGUUACUGUUUCACGUUUUCCGUUCGUUUGUACCAGAACGUAAGGUACAUAGAGGGAUAUUUAAUUACAUUCUAACGAGUACGCUCAAUUCAUUCGGUUUCACCAUCAACGAACCAAGUUUUAAUUGAGUUACGCGUUCAUUUACUUUGAACGAGACGUAAUUGUAAUUUGUUUGAAUUGGACAAUUGUUUGUAGGGAUUUAAUUGUUAUUUUUUAGUUUUGGAAAUGCGAGUAUUUAUAUAGAAAAAAGAUAGGGAAAAAUGGUUAUUAUAAAAAGAGCGUUUCUUAAAGUUUUUGUUAAAUUAAUUGUUUUCUUUUUUUUUAACGAUUAAAUAGCGAAGAAUCAAUA